UUGUCAUACACUAUUUUUUCUUAAUAUUAUAUUCUACAAAGAUUUCCGGUUCAGAAGCCCCGAGCUUCCCAUUGUAUUGUUGGAAACUUCCAUUGUUGCAUAAAUUUACUUUGUGUUUGUGAAGUAGGCUAUUAUCGAAGUCAUUAUUAGUGAUUUUUGUGGAUAAAACAUUAAAAAACCGUCCAUAAAUGUCUGAUAGUCAAGAAAAAUAUGGUCCUGAAAAAGACGAACCUGAGCAGCCACCUCCACAACCUCCAGCUUCAGAAAACUCUGGUGGCCCAAGGAGAGAAGUAGAAGGGCAGCGUCAGGCACCGCCUGUUCAGAUCAAAUGCAGUUCAGGAGAUGAGGUCAACCCUACUCCCCCCGCCACAUCCACAUGGACCCCCACCCCAGGGCCGUCAUGUGAGCCAAACAUUAUCAGUAAACCUACGUCCUGGCACUUUCGGCCCGUGGACGAAACAAGAGCUCGCCAAUAUGACAAAAUCUUCCAAGAGGAAGAGAUGAAUCAAGCAUUUUCUAGACCAAAUCAGGGUUUAAGCAUACGAGAAGGAGGCGGGCAGAGCAUACGAGAAAGAGGCGGGCAGAGCAUACGAAGAGAAAUAAUUGAUGUUUCCAAAAUUGGUCAUUUGAGAAAAACUAAUGAUCCAACCAAAAUAAAGGGCUGGAGACGUAAGUUCGGUACGGGUAUUACAUUCUCACCGUCCAGUCGCACAAACACACCCAACCCUUCAGAACCACAGAAGAAGAUAUCUGAGUCACCUGAGUCACCGCCGAAGAAGAUAACUGAGUCACCUGAGUCACCGCCGAAGAAGAUAACUGAGUCACCUGAGUCACCGCCGAAGAAGAUAACUGAGUCACCUGCGUCACCGCCGAAGAAGAUAACUGAGUCACCUGAGUCACCACCAAAGAAAAUGCCAAGAAUGCAGUUGAAGGAGCCUGCCGAAGACUCAAGGAGGGAGAGCAACCUUAGCGAGGGGGAAGAGGACGCACCAUUAGAUGAGUUGGUUGAUUUCAUGUUAGACGAGGAGGAUGUCGAGACACCUGUAGAAUGGAUUCUACCUCCACCGGAGGAGAGGGAGCUAGAGGUACCGGAAGCAGGCACGAGUCGCCAAGCACAUAUUGAACUGCUCCGGAAUGAAGAAAUGAUCAAGCGCAUCCUGAUAAAUACGUUGAAUAAUCUACAGUUUGAUACGAGGAAGUUUCAUGGAGAUAUGCUCGAAAUAAGAUCCAGUAAUAAAUUAGCAACUGUAAAUCCGGCAAGUGACAAAAAAUGGAAAUAUACAGAUAGAGUGCUGGUCGAAGCUUCACCCAACGCUGUGAGGAUCAAUGUGGCCGCAGAAGACAUACGGCAUCAUGUUGAAGAAAUUGGCGAAGAUUUCCUGCCAAAAGGCUGGUAUGGAAUAACCUUAACCGUCUGUGACCCUAUUGAGGGUUACGAUGUAGCACUCCAUGUUGCAAGAGAUAGUGGAGCAGAAACAAGCCGAAUCGUUAAUAUCGUACUCUGCCUUCUAGAAAUGAUAAUAAAUAUUAUUAAUGAAAUGAAGAGUGCUCAGCCUUAAUCAAGAAGAUUGAUAUUAAAGUUCUACUUAUAAGCAUACGGUACAUUAUGUAUAAAAUUUAAAAGAGUUUGUAAAAUGUUUGUAUAUUUCGUUAAAUUUUUAUGUUAGCCAUCAACAUAAAGUGUUCAUGUAAGUUAAGAUUGUUAGUACUCAAAUAGUUUUUCGUAGAACUCCGCACGCCGUCUAUCUUCAAUGCAAAAAUAGUGCCAGCGAAUAGUCCUUGUGCAUAAAAAAUGCAGUUGCUUUCAAUUUGCGAAUAGAAUCGAUGUGGUGAUCGACUGUAAUAUGUGCAAUUAUUGGAGCAUUGUCAGCCCAGGUUGUGAGCUUGAUACAUACACCCUUCUUGUACUUUUCAUUUUAGUACAUUUGCACAAAAGUCUUUCAAUUUCUCGCUUUCAACAGUCUUCGUUGCUUUUCAAUUUCAACCCUCUCAAUAUUAAAUUAUUUCGUCGUGAUCGAUCUUCUUAUCAUCUGUCCAAUCUAUGCAUCAUUUUGCUAUUAUUCGAUUUUAGGCGUUGCAGUUCUUCCUUCAGUAAUUUGUUUUGUUCGGUGAGGUUGGAAAUGUUUGUUAAUUUCUAAUUCAUUAUUCUGUUGCCAAUUCACUGAAUUUUCCAUAGCUUUGUAAUUGUCAAUUCUAUAUUUGUGUUGAGUUGAUAUGUGAUUCGGUCAAUACCAAAAAAGUAGGAUUAUUAACAAUGUUUACAUUGGGUGAAGCAAUGUAAUAGAAUAGUAACAAUGUAACAAUACAAAAGAGCAAUAAAUUGCAAUCCAAUAAGAACUACAUACAAAAUAAUUAUUGUGAGAAUACUUUGUGUCCUUAUAGCAGAAACCAUAAGUACUUGUUAAUAGGAGGCCUACAGUAUCAAUGGGAUUACAAUUGAGAUGUUGUCAUUGUAAAAAUGUUGGUGGUCUUCACUCAAAAUUUAGUUGAGGUCCACAUGUCGAUUCAGACAAAUGACUGAGUAUUAUAAUUACAAUCAAUAUUAUAAUAAAAUGUAUUGUUGUUGCUUUUUAUCAAAUUAACUCCUUUUGCACAUUUUGCUAUCGUUUCUAAUGAUUAUUGUUUGUCAAUUUUUAUAAUCUCUUCCAAAAAAGUUGGAUUAUUAACAAUACUCACAUUGGGUGGAACAAUGUAACAAUACAUAAGAAAAAUUGUUGAAAACCUUUUGCUUAUUGUGAGAAUAAUUUCUGCCCUUAUGGCUGAAAACAUAAUUACUUGUUAUCGUUACUUAUUGUUAUCCUUACUUUUUGUUAUCGUUUCUAAUUGUUUGUCAAUUUCUUAUAAUCUCUUUGUUUGGAAAGAUACCAAAAUAGUUAUUUAGUUUUGGAAUCCAUUUAACUAUUUCGUCUUAAAUUUUCCAGUUUCAUGUAGUUCCUAGCUUUGUUCACAUUUCAAUUUGACUUGAUACAAAAAAGAAAUAUAAUUUGAACCUUCAAUUAUUAUUCAUUUCUUAUUAUAAUAUUAUUGUUUGAUUUGAGUUUCUGACCUUAGAUAUAAUUGUUACAUAUUCAUUUUGAAACAUUUCAAUUUGUCUUGAUACAAGAAGAAGAAAUAAAAUUUGAACCUUCAAUUGUUAUUUAUUUCUUAUUAUAAUAUUAUUGUUUGAAUUGAGUAUCUGACCUUAGAUAUAAUAGUUACAUAUUUAUUUUGAAACAUUUUAGGUAGAGAGAACAAUUUAUAACAGAUAGAAUUUUAUUCAUUCACAAUUGGUAGGUUCAAAAGGUAAAUGAUUUCUUUAGAAGUUAGUUAAAAGUUUAUAUCUAUCGAGGCUUUGAAUUCCCACAUAUUUUUCAACUCAGGUUUUAAUGGUCAGUUUCUCUGACCUGCAAUCUUGGUUAUCUGAUGAUACAAUUCUUUAGUUGAAAUAAUGCUAGGAUGUAAAACUUUUAAUUUGCAGAAAGUUAAAAAGUUUUCAAUAGCUUGGAUCAAACUUGAUACAAUAUUAUAUAAAAUAUUCAAUUGGUUCAAUACAUCUCUAAA